AUGGGUACUAUUUGUGAUUUUAACAAAGCUUCCUCACGUCAUUGGAAGUUCUACAACUUCCAUUUUGGUAUUAACUUGGUAUUUGAUCCUUUAAAGUCACCUCAUUACAAGGUCAUUUGUGUCAGAAGUUGUGAUUCUUUGGUUGAGGGCCAUUAUCAAAUAGAGUUCUACUCAUCAGAAAGAAAUGGAUUGGCACGGUGCCCUUCAUUGGAUAUUAAUUUUCUUGGUGCUUCUUUCUGUUUCAACGUUGGUGAAGAGACACUACAGAAAAUGCCAAUGCCUCACUUUCCUGAUGGAUUUAUUUUGAGGAAAUUCUUCUACUUUGGAGAGUCUCGGGGUCAUUUGCAUCUGAUUAAGGUUUAUUGUCCAUGUACUAUGUUUAAUGUUCAUGAGAUGCUGAAAGAUUAUUCUGGGUGGUUUGUGAAGUAUCAUGUUGAUCUCAGAGAGGUUGUAACCGCAUAUCCUGAGAUGGUUGUAAGUAAUUGUUAUUCAACGGAGUUGUAUAAUUAUCGGUAUUCUAUACUAUGUGUUGUAAGGGAAGAGAAUGAUGAGGACUCGUAUAUGGUGCUGCAUGUUCCAAGGAAAGCAGUAUGUUACAAUUUCAAGGAUAAAACUUUCAAGGAGCUUCGUGAUUUUUCUCCUGCCAUUGUUUGUAGCAGGACUAAGUUCCAUAAUGUAUUAGAAUUUUGA